CUGUAUUGGUUGGUGUUGUCUUAACCCCUUGCAGUGCUCUGCCUAGCUGAAGGUGAAGCUCUCCUGCUGUGUUUUUGUCUUUGAGGCUAAAAUGUCCUCCGGCAGACUGUUAACCGCGCAGUCUCGGACGUGUAAGCGCCUGGCUCACAAUUACUUUGCCAGAACGUACGCGUCACGGCCUUCGCUUAAUGAAGUGGUCAUCGUCAGCGCAGUGCGGACUCCAAUGGGCUCCUUCAGAGGCAGCCUGGCAGCAGUUCCAGCCACCAAACUGGGCUCUGUUGCUAUUAAAGGAGCCAUAGAGAAAGCAGGAAUUUCUCCUGAAGAGGUGAAGGAAGUUUACAUGGGCAACGUGCUUCAGGCGGCGGAGGGUCAGGCUCCCACACGACAGGCCCUGCUGGGGGCAGGUUUGACCAUUGGGACACCAGCAACAACCAUCAACAAAGUGUGUGCUUCUGGGAUGAAGUCCAUCAUGUUGGCGGCACAGAGUCUAAUGUGUGGACAUCAGGAUGUUAUGGUUGCAGGAGGCAUGGAGAGCAUGUCCAACGUGCCGUACGUCAUGGCCAGAGAGGCGCCACCCUAUGGAGGCGUGAGGAUGGAGGACCUCAUUGUCAAGGACGGCCUCACGGACGUCUACAACAAGUUCCACAUGGGCAACUGUGCAGAGAACACAGCGAAGCAGUGCAAGAUCAGCAGAGAGGAGCAGGACGCCUACGCCAUCAGCUCCUACAGCCGCAGCAAAGCGGCGCACGAGUCCGGCGUGCUGGCCAAGGAGAUUGUGCCAGUCAGCAUUCCACAGAGAGGGAAACCAGACGUGGUGGUGUCCGAGGACGAGGAGUGGAGGAAGGUGGACUUCAGCAAAGUGCCCAAACUGAAGGCAGUCUUCCAGAAAGAGAACGGCACGGUGACGGCAGCUAACGCUAGCACACUGAACGAUGGAGCAGCCGCUCUCGUUCUGAUGACGGCAGACGCCGCAAAGAGACUCAACGUCACGCCGCUGGCCAGGAUCGUCUCUUUCGCUGAUGCAGCCGUCGCACCCAUCGACUUCCCCAUCGCUCCGGCGUACGCUGUGCCAAAGGUUCUAGACGCAGCUGGCCUGAAGAAGGAGGACAUCGCCAUGUGGGAGAUCAACGAAGCCUUCAGCGUGGUCGUGCUGGCCAACAUCAAAAUGCUCGACAUCGACCCGGCAAAAGUCAACGUCAACGGAGGAGCUGUGUCUUUGGGACACCCGAUUGGAAUGUCUGGGGCGAGGAUCGUGGGUCACAUGGUGCACAACCUGAAGUCCGGCCAGUUCGGACUCGCUGGGAUCUGCAACGGAGGAGGCGGAGCGUCUUCCAUCCUCAUCCAGAAGUUGUAGGGGAGAAAAAGCUGAGCGGAGCCGUCCGUGUUUUCUGCUUUUACAUUGCGUGGAAGCCAGUAGCUCCAAGCGGUUAGGACAUCAACGUGACUGUAAAGAGUGCAUUUGUUACAACUUUAGUUCCAGGGGCCUUAAUCAACAAAACUUAACACUCAACGCUGAUAUUGUCAUGACUCCAACGUACUAAACACUCCCUUGUUUGAUGGAAUGUCUUGUCAAAAUUACGGAUUGAUAUUUAAACUGUGAAAGGACGUAAUUAAAUAGUUUUUCAAA